AUGAAAGCAGCUAUUGAAUCUAACAAGAAAUCUAACCUCAUGAAAGAUAUUCAUUUAGAACAUUUUGCAACCCAGCACGAUGUUGCCAUUCUUUGUACUUCUUCAAUUUCAUCAUUACUAGAAAUUUAUGUCUUUCCUAUCAUUUCUAAUCCUAAACGAGAAUUUUCACAAACUUUAAAUUAG